CGGUUUCCCUGAAUGUAGUUUUAGUGCUUGUUGUCAGUUAGGAGGAAAGACAGACGUCCUUUGCUGUUUAUGUAUGGUUGAAGACUUGGCUUGUUAGUUAGCCAUGUCUCGUUUUACCAGUGCCUUCGUUGCAUCUCCUUAUAGAAGUGAUCAGGCACCAAAACCAACUGAUAAGAGGUGGAGUAGGCCUCCAGAGGGCCUUGUUGUACCCCAGGAUGUGGAGAGGGGGCUGGGGCCAUGGAGUAAGGACCAGGGGCCGUCCAGCUCAGACCCCCCUCUCCCCCCUCAGCUGUGGGGGCCCAAACGGCAGCUAGGCCAGACCAGCCCUGGACCCAGGGUUCCCAUGGAUACUGCUACCAGGUACAGGAUGACCAGCAGACAGCAGACAGGAACAGCUAUCCUGGUGCGUGGUUGUCGCAAGCAGAGUCCGCUCCCUCUACAGGGUACAGCUGUAGGGAGACUGGGGCUGUCAGAGGAGGAGGCCAAGGAGCAGAUGGAGAACGACACCGUGGAGUUGGUGAGAGAGCUGGUUACCAUGCCGUCCAGGGACAGAGUCAAAGCUGUACGAGGCCUUCCUGUAAGUCUGGGGGAACGCAGAAACAUCAGGUGCCGUGUCUUAGCAGAGAAGUUCUCCAGGAGGAGUCUAGAGAGAACGAGCUGCACUGACUGUUGGGAGCAGAUCUCACUGUCUGUUCGUAGGUGCAGCAGCGUGGUGUUUUUCAGACAGUCUCUCUCUCUGUGGCGCGGUUCUCUGAGGGAGAUCAGUGGAAGGUUUGGUUCUGCUGUUCUCUGCUACUUCCUGUUUCUAAGAUGGCUGCUCCUCUUCAACCUCCUCUCCUCCCUCCUCAACCUCUCCUUCAUCACGUUGCCGUGGGCGUUGCUUAGCACCGACACUCAGGGCGCCGGGACAACUGCCGGGUUCAGGGGACUGGAGCUCCUCACUGGAGUGGGGUGGUUCAACGUGUCCAUGCUGUACUAUGGUGUCUACAGCAGUAACAGUGUGCUGUCUAGUUAUAACAUCCAGCUGGCUUACCUCUUUACCAUCACCUCCUACAUGCUGCUCUGUGGAGCCUCAGUCAUAUACAGCAUGGCAGGGUGUCUCCAGACUGGUGUUGUGGCGUCAGGUGUAGCGGCUCAGAGACCUGGUUCUCUGUCUGGAAGAGGAGAUGACUACUGGAGACUGUUGUGUAGCUGGGACUUCUCUCUGCUGCACCACGCGGACAUACACACACACAGGACCAACCUGCUAGUACAUCUAAAGGAGUCUCUAAGGGAGAGCAGAGUGAAGAGAGAGCUGUCUGUGUCAGACAAGAUGAGGGCCUGUCUGGUCCGUCUGGCUGUCUGGCUUCUGUCUGUCUGUCUGGCUACUGGGGCCUGUGUGGCUGUCUACUACCUCUGUCAACACAACCUGCAGCGUGUGGUAACGUCCCCCAGUCCAGAGGAUGUCCUGACAGAGGCCUGGUCUCUGCUGCUGCCUGUAGCAGUGUGUGUCCUCAACACCUUCAUAUCACUACUCUACACACACACACACAGACUGGAGCGCUACGAUAGCCCACGUCUACGUCACGGUGCUCAGACCCUGUAUGUGAUUGCCACCAGGUGUGUUGUGAAGCCGGCAGAGUUUGACGUGGCCAGGAACGUUCUAGAUCUGAUCAACGCUCAGACCCUGGCCUGGAUAGGGGUGUACUUCUCUCCUCUCCUCCCUGUCGUUCAGCUCAUCAAACUCUUCCUAAUCUUCCACCUAAAGAAGACCAGUAUCAGGAGCUGCCAUCCUCCCAGCUCCUGGAGUAGGGUGGGUCAGAUGCAGACCCUCUUCAUCUCCCUCCUCUUCCUCCCCUGUUACCUGGGGACUCUGGCCCUGCUGGCAUACACACUCUGGAGUCUCCCUCCCUCUAGUGUGUGUGGUCCGUUCCAGGGCCAGGGCUGGGUGAUGCAGACUGUAGACCGGUGGCUAGCCUCCGUUCAGGCCUCUCAGCCCCACUCUGCCUGGCUGGCUUGGAUCAUCAACGUUAUACUACACAGUCAAGUCCUCUACUGCCUCCUAACACUCAUAGUACUGGUGGUGAUGUACUUCCUGUGGCAGGUGACUCAGGGUCGUAAACGUCUCAUCAUGUCUCUACGGGAACAGAUCGUCAACGAGGGGAAGGACAAGGCCUUUCUCCUCAGGAGGUUACAGUGUCUACAGAGACAGGGAGCAGGCAGACCUAGACCACAGGUGCACUUCGAGGAGGAGAAACCGACCAGGCCAGAGUCAGGGCAGCUUAGAGAAGAAACACGCCCUCCUCCCUCCUUCCAACACCCAUCCCCCCCCACGGAGGCCUCCUCCGUGUUCAUUCGGCCUCCCUGGGACAGCUCCCCCAGGCUAGGUAGAGCCCAGCCCCCCAGUCCCCGUGGUGGAGGCAGCCCCAGAGGCAGCCCCAGAGGCAGCCCUGGUCGCGGCCGGACCCCAGCCAGCAGGCAGGCAUGCUGGGUAGAGGAGCGACCAGCCCCUCCCCCUCCAGAUCCACUAUGGCCAGUCAGGGGUAGAGGAUGGCUUCAGGGAAGGCCCCACGGGGGGCCCAGAUUGGAGCCGCUGCCUGCCCGCGAGGUACCCGUCCUGCCUGGGUCGGUGCCUGAGAGCGCCCCCCCUCCCCCACGGAGACCUGGGUCCAGCAGAGCAGAGGUGAACCAGGGACAACAUCAGUCCUAGCUAGACUCAGAGAGAGGAUAGGAGCCUGAUAGGAGCCAAAUGUAGUGCACUAUGUAGGGAAUAGGGUGCCAUAGAGCUCUGGUCUAAUGUAGUGAACUAUGUUGGGAAUAGAGUGUUGUCCCAGAAGAAGAUUUAAGUGUUAGUUAGUUGAGAUAAAGGGAGUUGUUAUAUUGUGUGUUGUCUUUUUGAGGAAUAUAACAAAGGUUUAAGUGCUAGUUAGUUAGUUGUGAUAAAGGUAGGUGAUCUUUAUGUUGAGUUAUGUUGAGUUAUGUUGAGUUAUGUUGAUAUGUUGAGUUAUGUUGAUAUGUUGAGUUAUGUUGAGUUAUGUUGAGUUAUGUUGAUAUGUUGAGAUGUUGAGUUAUGUUGAGUUGUUGAGAUGCUGAGUUAUGUUGAUAUGUUGAGUUAUGUUGAUAUGUUGAGAUGCUGAGUUAUGUUGAGAUGCUGAGAUGCUGAGUUAUGUUAUGUUGAUAUGUUGAGAUGCUGAGUUAUGUUCAUAUAAUGAGUUAUGUUGAUAUGUUGAUAUGUUAGUAGGGUGUUGAUUCUUUUUGAUAUUCUAAUAUUUUCUAAGUCUUAUUCUGUAUCAGUUGAUUUUGAAUUAAAUUAUUUGUCAUCUGU